AUGGAAAUAUCACCUAAAAAAAUAGAUAUAGGAAUACAAUGCGAGGUGCUGUAAAGAGAAUACAUUCCCCCAAACAUUUAAUCAACAUUUUUCCAUGAAUCUGAAGGCUGGAGCAUAUUUUAUAGAUCUAGAACGAUAUCUUUGUUAAUUUUUAUGCUUGUUACACUUUAUAUUACAAGUUAUUGGUUUCAAAGUUCAACGCUCCAAGAAAGUGCAUAUAUCGGAUAUAUCUUCAGUUUCUUGGCUUUUUGUGCUUAUGGAGGCAGCUAUUUUCCAAACACUCUUAUAUAAAGACCACAUCCAUUAUUUUGGAGAUUAUUAUAAAGUUGGGCUUGUGUUUAUAUGAUGAGCAUUGUUUUCCUCAUUUAUUUUACUCCUGAAUAACUAUAGCAAUUUUUGUAGCAGUUUAUUGAUCCAAAGUUAGGAAGACCACUCCCUUCCAAAAGCUAUGCAGAAGAUUGUAGAUUUUAUACUCCAGAGAAUGAACAUUCAAAGUUUUAUAAUCUGACGAGUUCAUUUGAUGUAUUUGUCCCAGCUCACAUUUUUGGGUGGACUGUUAAAAUGUGGAUCUUAAGAGACUUUAAACUUGCUAUGAUCCAAUAGAUUGCUUUUGAAUUCAUGGAAAUUACAUUUAGACAUUGGCUACCUAAUUUUUGGGAAUGCUGGUGGGAUCAUGUCAUUUUAGACAUUAUUGUUUGUAAUACUGGAGGAAUUGUGGUGGGUUAUUACACAAUGAAAUUAUUUGGAAUGAAGGAAUAUAAAUGGUCUUUAAGAAAAGAAAAUAGAAAGGAUUCUUGGUUUAAGAACUUGAAGCGAUUAUGUUUAAGUCCUUAGUUAGAUAAAAUUGAAUGGAAGGUCUUUUCUUCUGUUAAGAGAUUUUUAUUAGUAAUUUGGUUUUUAGUUUUUAUGAACCUUUGCGACUUAAGCUUCUUUUUUAAUAAAUUUGUUCUUUAAAUCAAUACAGCACACAAUGUUAUGAAAUUCAGAGUGUUUCCUUUGGGUUUCUUCUCUAUAGUUGCCGCUCGAGAUUAUUACGUCUAUAUUUCAGAUGAGAAUGUAACAAGACUAGGUCCUAAUGCUUGGUUGAUGCAUGCUAUAGUUUUAGGAGAAUGGGUCCUUUUCUUUAGAAAUUAUUAAGGAAUUUUUGUAGAGAAAUUCCCUACUUAUAUCAUAAUUAUAUGGAUAGGAAUAUUCACAUUAUUUUUUGUCACAUUAUUCUCAAUAUGGAAAAGAGAGAGAAGAUUAAAUAAACUUAAGUAAAGUUGA